AUGAGUUUCAAUUUCAAUCCCAAUUAUCAACAAGAUGAUAUUAUAUUACCUAAAACAAAUUAUAAUUCACCAUUUUAUUCUUCAGUUCCAUUAUCUUCACAACCAACUGAAGUUUUAAGUAAAAGAUUUGAAUUAUGGAGACAAAUUUUAAAAUCUUUAAUUAAUUAUUAUAAAUCAAUUUCUAUUGCAAAUCAACAAUAUAGUAGAAUUAAUGAUAAUUUAAUUCAAACUAUUAAUUUCCCAUUCUUUACAAAUAUUCACCCAAAGUUGGGAGCUAAUAAUAAUGUUAAUAAUAAAAUUUAUGAACCAAAUGUUGAUGAUAUGAAGAAACAAACUUAUUUUGCAAAAUUUGGUAAUGGUUCAAUUCAAGAUGUUCAAAUCCUUUUGAAAAAAUAUCAUUUAAAUUUAGCUGAACAACAAAGAAAAAUUUCUCUUGAGAUGACUAAUGUUCUUGUACCAAGAUUAGAAGAAUUAGUUAAAGAUUUAUUUAAUAAAAUUAGAGAAAUUAAAAAUUUACAUAGUGAUUUUAAAAAUAAUUUAAAUCAAGAAAUUGCUAUAACUGGUCAAUACCUAGAUGAUUAUGCAGAAUCUAUACGUUUUUUACAAAAUAAUGAAGGUUCCAAAAUUAAUGCUAAAAGAGAUCCAUAUUUAUUAAGAUUAAAAUUAGAAAUUCAAUUAAAACAACAAUUAUACCAGGAAAAUUAUCUUGAAGAAGCAUUUAUAAAUUUACAAAUUACCGGGUUAGAAUUAGAAAAAAUCAUUUAUAAAGAAGUUCAAAAUUCAUUAAAUCGUUAUAAUGAAUUAAUAUCACAAGAAAUUUUUGUAAUGUAUAAUGAUUUAAUUGAAGAAUUACACCAAGGGAUAAUUUCUCAAAAACCAUUUUUUGAAUGGGAUGAUUUUAUAAUGAAAGAUUCCACAGCUGAACAUAAAAGACAUUUCCUUACUGUUAAACAUGAUGAUAAAUUACCAAUUCCAAGGAAAAUUUCAACAGUUAAAUAUCCUUUCUCAAAAGAUUUGAUGUCUAAAAGUAUAAGAUCUGGGUUUUUCUUGAAAAAGAGUAAAUUAUUGAAAAAUUAUAAUAAGAGUUUUUUCAUAUUAACUUUAAAUUUUUUACAUGAAUUUAAAUCUGAUAAUUUAGUUGAACAUUUCACACCAAUAAAUUCUAUAAAUUUAAAUGAUUGUAUUUUGACAGAAUCAAAUGAUAUGAAAUUUCAAUUACAUAUAAAGAAUUAUGGUUCAGAUAAUAAACUUAAGACACAUAAUUUUGUAUUCAAGAGAAUUCCAAGUGAAAUGGGUGAUUUAAUUUUUAAAAAAUGGAUUAUUGAUUUAAAAAAUCUUUCAUGUUUUAAUUCUUUCCAUGAAAGAUUUAGAUUUAUUAAAGGAAAAUUAUCAAAUUCCAAUUCAAGAUCAAAUACUCCAAUGUUUGAAAUUUCAAAUCCAAUGGAUUCUGAUAUUUUAAAAGUUAAUGAAAAAUUACAAUCUUUACAAAUUACAAGUAUUCAUCAUACUUCAAAUAAUGAUCAAACUCCAAGUAUUGUUACUACAGAUCAUGACUUGACACCACCAGCAACAGAUAAUAACUUAAAUCAUGGUGAUCAUGAUCAUAAAGAAUUUGAAUUAAAUAUUAAGAAUGAACCAUUUAAAUUAAAUCCAAGUUCAUUAGCUCUAAAAAGAAAUUCAAAUAAUAAACCUAAAAAACCUUCAUUACAAAAAUUAAAUCUUGAUAAUGUUCCAAAAUUUGAAAUUCAAGAACCUACACCAAUUCAUAAAUCAAAUGAAUUACCAAUUGUUUCAAAUUCAACAACAAUAACUAAUCAUAAUCGUCAAAAAUCUGGUGAUUCAUUAAAUUCAAAUGGUUCAACAACUACAUCAUCUCAAUCAGGUUCCCCAUCAGGUUCCCAAUCAGGUAGUUCAACACCAAAAUUAGGUUUAUCAAAAUCCCCAAUCUCUUCACCACCAAUUUCAUCACCUUUACAACAUUCAUUUUUCCCAUCAACAUCACCAGAACAACAACCCCAAUCACAGGAUGAUCUUGAUUUUGAUAAAUUUAGACCAAAAUCACCAAAUCCUCAAAAUAUUAUUCCUCAACAAAUCCCACAAUUCCCAGGUUAUACUCCCUCUAUAAAUUCAUCAAUAAAUACAAAUGGAUCAACUCAACAAAUUGGUUCAGUUUCUAAUGGGAUUGAAGGUGGUUUAGUUCGUAAACAAAAAUCUCAUAUUGAUUUACAUGGUAGUUUAUAUAGAAAGAAGAAACAAAAAGAUGAUGAUGAUGCUGGAUUAAAUAAAGUUUUAGAUGCUUUGAAAAGUGAGGUUUAA